AUGAAAGAAGAAAUGGAGAGAGAAAUCACUGAAAGAAAAAGAAUAGAAGAUGAAGAAAGAGAACAAAGAAGAAGAGAAAGCAUUCAAAGAAAGGGAAUAGAAAGUGAAGAAAGGGAAAAAAGAGAAAGAUCAGAAAGGGAAAAAAUGGAAGAAAUGGAAUCAAAAAGUCGACAAAUAGAACAUGAAAAAGAAAGAAUAGAAAAAGAAAAGGAGAGAAUCGAAAAAGAACAAAUAGAAAUGGAAAGAAGACAAAUGGAACAAGAAAAAGACAGAAUAGAAAAAGAAAGAGAAAUAAUGCAAAAAGAAAGAAUCGAAAGAGAAAAAUUGGAAACCGAAAGAUGGCAAAUAGAACAAGAAAGAGAACAAAUAGAACACGAGAAGGAGCAAAUAGAAAAAGAAAGAGAAAGAAUAGAAAAGGAACAAAUACAAAAAGUAUUAAUGCAAACAGAAAAAAUGGAAAUCAAAAGCAGACAAAUCGAACAAGAAAAGGAACGAAUUGAAAAAGAAAGGGAGAGAAUAGAAAAUGAGCAAAUAGAAAUGGAAAAAAGAGAAAAAAUAGAAACAGAAAGAGGACAAAUAGAACAAGAAAGAGAACGGAUAGAAGCAGAAAGAGAAAAAAUAGACAAAGAACGGGAAAAAUUAGAAAAGGAAAAGGAAGAAAUAUCCCAAGAAAGAGAAAAAGCAGAGAGAGAAAAGCAACAAAUAUUCGAAAUUGACAAAAAAAUACGAAAAGAAAGGGAAGAUAGUCUGAAAGUAAAAAUGGAAAAUCUAGCACAAAGGGAAAAGAACAUAGAAACCCACAGAAAAAUCAACGACACGUACAAAACUCCUUUAAUCUCUCCAAAAACAAGGAAAAGAUCUCCAAAAGAAAAAGAUUUAAAACAACAAGAUACAAAUCGUAAAAUAAGGGAACAACAAAUAGACGAAUAUUUCCGCAUGAGGAACGAAAAAGCCAAAAAUGAAUUUAGACGUGACAAUGAUGAAGAAAUCAGGAGAAGAAGAGUUGAAGAAUGGGAUCAUAAACAACCGGAAGUUAUUCUAAGGCCACGAACUGGGGACAGAAACUUAUUAUCCACGAGUGACGCAGAGCGUGUUCAAUAUCAGCGUGAAUAUUCACUUUUUGUUCAGUGUCCAGCUUAUCAAAAAAAUGAGCCGCCGUUAAUUUUGAACGAUGCAACUGAAUUUGAAGAAAAACCAACUGUUUCUUCACAGCCUACUAAGAAAACAACUCAAUUGAACGAAUUCGAAGCGUGUUCUGGUUUUUGUGCCGAAUUCGAAGGCGAAUCAUGUAAACCAGAAGGAACAGAAGAGUCAACGAGGAGGGGAAUGUGGUUCAGUAUCAAGGGUUCAUCGAAGAAGAACAGGGAGAAAUUACAGACUCAAUUUUCUGACGGGCAGAAAUCAUCAGCGAAAGAAACGCAAGAAACAAAAGUUACGAAACUCUGCAAUAAAUCCUGCAAAUGUCAUACAAUCAAGAAAAAAUGCAAUCUAGGUAAUUGCACAUCGGAAAAGUGUAAAGCAUAUUUUGAAGAUGCAAACAAGAGGACUAAAAUUGUUGCUGAGAAGACAAAAAAAUUCGAAGAGCCACUUGGAAAAGAUGACUGUUACUGUUGCGCUGAAAAAUCCGGUACUUAG